CGUCACAUGGAGAGAUACAACCAGCAGUAGCUGCUUUACCACUAAUCACAUAACAUUAACAUAACUAGCAACCACAAGCUAACCUGGCUAGCUACAUGGGUCGCGUUUGACUUAUCAUACAAUCGGAAUUGCAAAUCUGAAGGAAACAAAGCAGGAUUCACAGACAGUACAAAACGGGACACAACAUUACGAUCACAGACAGUUAUCGUGGCCUCCUCUUGCAUCCAACUGGCAGGCUAUUUUGGUUAGCUAGCGAAGCCAACGAUAGCAAACUCUGCCUUGGCUAGCGUCAAGCUAGCCAGCUAGCUAGCUAGCUACUAACGUCGCUAACGGUGGUUAGCUAGCUAGCGAGCUGUAGUAACUUGCGUCAUGGAUGAACUAGUCGUGGAAGUAAGGGGAACAAGUGGGGCCUUUUAUAAGGCUUUUGUGAAGGAUGUUCACGAAGGAUCAGUCACUGUGGCAUUUGAAAACAACUGGCAGCCAGAGCGUCAAAUCCCAUUUCAGGAUGUGCGAUUUCCUCCUCCAACAGGGUUCUGCAAGGAAAUAAAUGAGAGCGAUGAGGUCGAGGUAUAUUCCAGGGCUAAUGACAAGGAGCCAUGUGGAUGGUGGCUGGCCAAAGUUCGCAUGGUCAAAGGCGAGUUCUACGUAAUAGAGUAUGCUGCGUGCGAUGCUACAUUAAACGAGAUAGUGACGCUGGAGAGGUUACGGCCAAUCAACCCGAAUAAACCAGCCACAAAAAACACCUUCAUCAAGAUCAGACUGGAUGUGCCCGAGGAUCUACGACAGAUGUGCUCCAAGGAAUCGGCACACAAAGAUUUUAAGAAGGCUGUGGGAGCGUUCAAUGUCACCUACGACUCCGAGAAAAAGCAGCUGGUCAUCUUGUCAGUGAAUGAGGUCACAACGAAGCGAGCCAGUAUGAUGAGCGACAUGCACUUCAGGAGCCUCCGCACCAAACUGUCUCUCAUGCUGAGGAACGAGGAGGCCAGCAGACAACUGGAGAGUUCCAGGCAGCUUGCAUCACGGUUUCAUGAGCAGUUUGCGGUUCGGGAUGAUUUAAUGGGUCUGGCCAUUGGGACUCACGGGGCCAACAUCCAGCAGGCUCGUAAAGUCCCUGGAGUCACUAAUAUAGACCUGGACGAAGAAACGUGCACCUUUCACAUAUAUGGAGAGGACCAGGAUGCUGUCCGCAUAGCCAGGAGUUUCCUGGAGUUCUCCGAAGAUGUAAUAAAAGUUCCCCGGAACUUAGUAGGGAAGGUGAUCGGCAAGAACGGCAAACUGAUCCAGGAAGUGGUUGAUAAGUCCGGUGUGGUGCGGGUUCGUAUUGAGCCUGAAAACGACAAAAAGACCUCAGCAGCAGCAGCAGCGGCAGCAGCAGACGAGGGAAUGGUGCCAUUUGUAUUUGUGGGGACCAAGGAAAGCAUCUCCAAUGCUACAGUACUGCUGGACUACCACCUCAAUUACCUUAAGGAGGUGGAUCAGCUUCGUCUGGAGCGUCUUCAGAUUGACGAGCAGCUGAGACAGAUAGGAGGGGGAGGUGGAGGAGGAGGGACGGGACCUCGAAACCCUAAAGACAAAACCUACGUGUUCGAUAACGGCAUGGGGCUGGGGAUGGGGAGAGGAGGAGGAGGUGGAGGAGGAGGGAAGCCCUACACGGGAGGAGGGGGAAGAGGUGGACGAGGGCGAAGAGGAGGAGGUGCAGCUUUUGCCUCAGGCACCAACUCGGAGGCAUCCAACGCGUCGGAGACUGAGUCAGACCACAGAGACGAGCUCAGCGAUUGGUCGCUGGCCCCCACUGAGGAGCUGAUGACGGGAGGCGGAACCAUGCCCAGACGGACAGAUGGGAGGAAGAGAGCAGGCGGCGGAGGACCAAGGGGACGAGGGGGGCGAGGAAGAGGAGGAGGAGGGUAUAAAGGUGAAGACAUGCAGUGGAGCGAGCCAAGACCUCGUCAUGUCAGAGACCCCAAGACAAGAGCGCAGGAAGACACCCUACAGAUCCGUGUUGACGGUAACAAUGAGCGCAGCGUGCAGCACUCGUCAGGGGGGCGAGGAGGAGGAGGAGGAGGGCCUUCCUCCUCCCAGGGUGGCAUCAGUGCCGGUGGCGAUGGCCCACCCCGUCAUCACCAUCAGAGACCCAUCAGAGACCGAGGGAUGAAGAAGGACAAACAGGACGCUCCUCCGCUGGUGAACGGAGUGUCGUAGAUACACCACUGGAGGACCUUCUCACUUAGACACACACAUACACACACUCAGAAACACACACACAGGCAACUGGUCAUAAACCAUCGUAGAGUCUCAGUCUCUCUCGCUUUUUCUUUCUCUGUCUUUGUCAAACACAUGAAUGCACAUAUUUCAUCAGCAUGGAAGUUUACCGUAGUGAAGUCGUGGACCAGAGGCCGUCCGGCAUCUGCUGGUCUGCUCUGUUGAGGUCUGGUCUUUGAGUGUUCUGCUCUGGUCUCUUCUAGACUGGUAUGGUAUCUUGCAUUCUUCUGUGGAGUGACAAAUAAAAUAAUCCAUACUUCUUUGGACAAAAGAAGAAGAAGAGGAGGGAUGUGACUAAAGCUCAUCUCUCACAGAGGCAUUAACCUCAAACAUUCUCCCUCCCCAUCAACAGCAAAUACAUGUUUUUUUGGGGGUUUUUUUCGACUAAAUUGGAUGAUUAAAUUUUUUUGCCGUUUGAAAUUGCUCACAGGAGAAAAAAGAAAUGAGCCAAACGAGGCAAAACAGAAGAAACAAGGAUUUACAGCCACUUCAGAAUGAAAUGUGUGUUCCUUCCCUUAACAGCACACAAUUUUAGGAGGUGGCGUCAGUUUGCCCUAGGUUGAUAAGUUAUUUUUGUUGCUCUCAAGCUUCAAUAUUCAACACCUGUGAGUCAAGCAUUUAUAAUUUAACUGCACUGAUUGAUAAAGUCAUAGAGCGUCUUUCAGGUACCAGAGAUUCUUGAUUUAUAAACUGCAAAAUACUGCUAAAUUUUGGUGUCACCCAAAUAACUUCUACCUUUGGGAGACUCACUCAUAGCUGGGCACCUAGGAUUCACUCAGCAGUGAAUGAUUUACCAGACUCAUCAUUUCAGUCGUCUGUGCUUUGUCUCCUGUUGCCUACAUAAUGUAAAAUUCCUCCAUUCUCUUCGACUGUCAGACCAAGCAUGAAUUCAAAAAAGAACAGGACGUAGCGUUGGAGAAACAUAAAUCUGAGGCACUUUGAUGCAGAUAAACGGUUAAAAGGCCUUUACUGAAGCUGAGGGGGUCAGGAUACCAACUCCUAACAGUCUUAAGUUACAAAAUGUGAUGAAUUGCUGUCCUAGUUAAUCAUUCAGUUGUCAUGUGAGCUGGUGACGUGACGAGGCCAACACUCACCGACAGCUGCGACAGUGAAUCCCAGACUCCCUCAUAAAAACACUGCAGUAAUCAAAGGAUUAUAAAUCCAACAUUUAUUGGCCAGAAACACAAAUAAAACCAGUAUGUUCACAGAGCUGUAGAGCCAUAGAAUAAACAAUGACUCAUGGCUAAAGUGUUGAAUACAGUCAUGUUAAGUUUUCAGGCUGUCCUGACCCUCGUCAGGCUUCGUGGCUGCAUGUCUGCAGCGGUCCUGGCAGCAGUAUGUCUCUGCUGUCUACAGGAAUCAGUAUCUGCUACCAGACUGAGAAGAACCUUUUCUCCAGUGGCAUAGUUCACAGAGAGGGCUCAACCUGCAAGAUAGACUUACUUCACUUAGUCCCACUUACUUGCAUGUGAUAAAGCAGUCUGGGAUGGAUUCCAGUUUAAUUAGUUUUGUUUUCAGACAGACAUCGUUAAUGUAAAACUCCUGUCACCUGAUCACAUGAGCUUUUUUUUUUAAUUUAUGGAAACCUUUGUAUUUAACUUUUUGUUUUACAGUUAGUGUUUCACUUAUUUCUGCAGAGGAAAGAAAUUGUUGUAAAGUUACACGUUGACAAAAUAUAAAAUUUGGUUUAAGUUUUAUUCAUCCCUCUUAUUUAAAUAUUUUGUGCAUUAAUCUGAUUUUAUUUUGUAUAUGGUAGAGCAGAAGAGGGAGUCAGAAUUUUGGCCGAAAUCCCAACAAGUUUUGUUUCAGGUGCAACAUAUUCCACGCACUGUUGUAAUCAUUACCUUCUUGUACAUCAAUAAUCAGGUCUUGUUCUGUGAACAUGCAUUUUUCUUGGUGUUUCUCAGCACUGAUAAUAUGAAUUGUGCAUUCCUCUUCCUGCUUUUAAACUGUGCAGAUCACCUGGCUAAGUUAAAGACACAAAUAAAGUUUAAUGAAACUGCUCUAAGCUAAAUUAUAAAGUCAGGGUUAAAGAAGAAAGCUUUUCAUCCAUAAGUCAGGAUAAAUCCCCUCUGCGUUUAAGAGCAAAAUGUUCACCACAGUCAUGGAGCUGCAGCCUGUCAGUUUUCUGCCAUUGCUGUAGGUCAUAAUGAGUCUUUGUUAAAAUCUUUGUGCCUUGAAUUUAUGCUCCUCCAUUUCUGUGAAUUUGACCCCAUUCUUAAAAGCACCUUUAUCCUGUCUUUUUAAACUCGGUGUAACACUCCUGCUGUUUCUUUCUUUUAUGUUUAGGACAUAGAGUACAUGGGUGUCUCUUUCUGUGACCCUGUAUGCAUUUCUUAGAAAAAACAAAUGGUGUAAGAUGACUUUGACAGACUCUGGUAAAGCAUUUUGUCCCAGACAGCAUCCAGUCUCCUAGCCUUGUUCUAAACUUGUCUGCCUCGUGUUAGAGCUCUGUGACUUACUGACAUAGACGUAAACAACAACAGAGGACUAGACAAUCAUUUAUCAUCAAAUAGCUGAAAGUGACAUUUCUAACCAGUGCAGGUUUCCAGACAUCGAAGGAACAUCAGACAAAACAAACAAACGUCUUGACUUCAAGCUCUUAUUUUGAAGUGUUCCAACCUGCUGUUGGGUUGGCACCUCAGAGAAUUACUGACUUAUAUAUUCUGCAUGGAAAGAUCCUUAGUGGAAUCAUCAUCCUGAAAAUAAGUACAGCUUAGGUGGCAUGAAGGCCUUUACUGAUCAUUGACACUCUCAGCUGACCCGACCUUUAUCCUAAAUUCAGACUUACAGCAGUAACUUAGACAGGCUAGUGUAGAAAAUAUUUGUGGACUUAUGAUUGAAAAGGAGAUUCAUAAUAACAUUUGUUUGGAUUUUUUUUUUUUUUUUUGGAAAAAAAAAACUGUUGAAAUGUGAGAAAGUCACUGUAAAACAAAAAUCAAAGCAAAAAAAAAAGUUUCUCAAGGUUUCUCUGUGCAUUCGUAGGCUUAUUGACAUUUUACAAAAAUACUGUAUUACAUCAAAUUACUGUCAUUCGUAACUGAAACAGAUUCAGUAUCCAGCCCUUAAAGGAAUAGUGUGACAUUUUGGAAAAUAAGCUACCUCACCUUCUUGCUGACAGUUAGAUGACACGAUUGAAACCACUCUCAUGAGCGUUCGCUAAACAUCAAUCUAGAACCAGCAGAAUUUAGCUAAAGGCUGGAAACGGGGAAGCACCUUGCCUGCCUUUGUCCAAUCACAAUCCAGUCAGCAUGUUUAAAGUUCACUAACACAUUUUAUCUUGUUUGUUUAAUUUGUAUGAAAAUAGAAAUGUUAAAAAAAAGGUUUUCAUGCUGGAAUUAUUUCUUUGCUGGGUGUAGUGACUAGGCUAGCAGUUUCCCCCCACUUACAGUCUUUAUGCUAAGCUAAGCUAACUGCCUGCUGGCUCUAGCUUGAUACUGUGUAGACAGGCAUAAGAGUGAUAUCAAACCUUUCAUAUAACUGUUGGCAAGAAAACGAAUAAACUCAUUUCCCAAAAUGUCAAACCAGCCAAAGUGCUUUCAUUUGGAGUGUUGUUAAUUAGCAUUGCAUAAAAUUACUUUACAGUUGGUAGGAUCCACUUGAUCCACUAGUCAGACACAACACAGGUACAGGACUCUGUUAAAAAACAGCUUGUGAGAUUUAUUUGUAAUGUGCUGUUCUUUCGUUUGAGGAAAAAAAACAAAUAUAAAAAAAAAAUAUUGUCUUUCAUGGUAGAAAGAUGUGAAUACCCAGAGAAACCUUACCAUAUUUUGUGUGACAUGUGCCUUUAAUUGUGGCUAGUAUCACAACCUAGACUUGUAAAUCAGGGAUGAUGAGGAGACAUUGAAACGGACCAGAUGGGUAAAGAAGGCUAUUUUCUGAAGUGACAUAAAGAAUUCACUCUGGGUCGUCACUGGCAAAGCUGAGCAUUUCUGAGCUUCCUGUAAACUCAAAGGACGUGUGUUAAUUGUAAAGGUGUGCGGUUUGUUUGUUUGUUUGUUUUUUGGCCCACAAGGAAACUGCCUUCUUUUACCACCUGGUCCAUUUUAAACACUGAAGGUGUUGUAUCCUUGUACAGUCGACAAACAUAAGCCUGUAGCUUAUGACCUGGUUCAAUUGAUCUGUGAAAUGGAUUCAGUUGCUUUUCUAGACCAGUGCAGUUCAUGACCUUGAGUGGCUACUUUGGUACCUUUGGCCCCAUGCAAAAUGGUGUGACCCAGUGUAACUUUAUUCCUUGUCUCUCUUUCUUUCCCAGAAAGUAACUGACGUUAAUGAAAGGAACUGAAAAGAUUUCAGAGGUUGAGCCAGGUCUUUUCUUUACCAGAGAUCAGUGAACCUUCCUAGUCUUGCGAUGCAUGCACAUCUUUUAUUAUGGAUUUUGGAGACUUUAAGUAGCUUUGAACAUGUUAAAAGAAAAAAAAACAUACAGACAUACACUACUGGUCAAAAGCUUUAGAACUCCCCCAUUUAUUUAGUUUUUAUUGAAAUGUAAGCUGUUCAAGUCCAGUGAAUCAGUGAAUAACCUUAAGUGGUAUAAUGUUAAGCAGUAAACUGCCCAAAGUAAAAUAAAUAAAUAAAUAGAUUGAUAGAUAAUGACCCAAAACUAGCAACAACUUUACAAUGUUUUAUUUCCAUUGUAGAAAGGACAUGACAAGCGUGUUCAUCUGCUAGGUUAUGCUUGAAUUUCAUCAUGUAAAUUUAAAUCACAGCUGGAAAAAUUGAGGUGUUCUUAAGCUUUUGACUGGUAGUGUACAUACGUUUAGUUUUUUAAAAUCAGUGUUACUUUGUCUUAUUUCUCCUUGACUUAAGACUGGCUGGAGUCAUGGAGUACCCAGUGAUGAGUAACAUCUUCUGACAGCCACCGGCUUAGAGUCAGUGACACAUGGGAAACUUUUACCUUUUAGAAACUGUCUCCAGAAACGGUUGAAACAUGAGUAAUGAAUCAUGAAACAGGCUUUUUUCUUUUUUUCCUUUUUUUUUUUAGAAGUUACUUUUCCUUUUUCAGAAGUGUUAUUGGUGUCAGUUUCUCUAUCACUAAUCUGUUAGGACUUCUUUUUGCUUUCACUUGGUGUUCACACUGCAGCCAUGUUGCAUUUUUACCCAGUAAGCAUUCUCUGCAGUGCAUCGACAAACAGCUCAAGUGAAAGUCACCUCUAUAUUGUCAAUAGAGCAUCAACAGUAUGGAGUUGCUUUGUAUUGUAAAAACAAAAAAAAAAAACUAAACUAAAAAAACAAACAAAAAAAAAAAACAUGAUGGAAAAAAGAAGGGAGGGUGGCAUACUGUAUAUAAUGAUGUCAUUAUUUGUCUGAGAAAAGAUUUGUACUAUUGUUUCAAAUGUGCACUUAUCCUGAUAUUUUCUUUUUUUUGCUGUUUAAUAUCAGUUAAAUGCUAGAGCUCUUGAUAAUAAACUUAAUGUGUGGAAAAAAUA